AUGGCAAUGGCAAAUUCUUUAUCCAUUACACUCGAGGAAAAGGAAGAUAUUCACAGAAUUCUCAUAGCUCUCAAACUUGUCAAAUUUGUGGAGUUAUUCGACACUGAACUGAAUGUCACGAUUCAUUUCGUUUUGGAUGCAAUUGACAAAGCACACGAAGCUUCGACCAUCAUUUUCAAUACCUUCGACGCUUUUGAACAUGACGUUUUAGAAGCACUGUCAACAAUGUACCCACCCAUAUACCUCAUUGGCCCUCUUCAAUUUCUUCUCGACCAAUUCCCACAAAAUCACUUGAAUUCCAUUGGAUCAAGCCUAUGGAAAGAAGAAACAGAGUACCUUUCAUGGCUUGACUCGAAACAACCCAAUUUAGUCAUUUACGUCAACUUUGGCAGCAUCACUGUUAUGACACCCCUACAAUUGAUUGAAUUCGCCUGGGGUCUCUCUAAUAGAAACCAAACAUUCUUAUGGGUCAUUAGGCCUGAUCUAGUUGUUGGUGACUCGGCGAUUCUUCCACCGAAUUUUGUGAGUGAGACUAAAGAAAGGAGUCUAUUAGCAAGUUGGUGCCCUCAAGAACAAGUCCUCAAUCACCCAUCAGUUGGAGGUUUCUUAACACACAGUGGAUGGAAUUCGACUCUUGAAAGUAUUUGUAGUGGGGUCCUUAUGUUGUGUUGGCCAUUUUUUGCCGAGCAACAGACAAAUUGUUGGUCACGUUGCAGCCAAUGGGGUGUAGGGAUGGAGAUACACAGCGAUGUUAAGAGAGAGGAAGUUGAGAGAAUGGUGAGAGAGUUGAUGGGUGGAGAGAGAGGGAAAGAGAUGAAAAGAAAGGUCAGGGAGUGGAAGAAGUGGGGUGAAGAGGCCACGACUUGUUCUAUUGGGUCAUCUUACUUGAAUUUUGAGAAGAUGGUCAGACUUGUGCUUAUGUCUGCUGGUUUAAAUCAAAGUAGCUAGUGUGUGUGCACAUUUUCAUCUUACAAGCAAUUUCUGAAAUAAGUUGUUUCUUUUUUCUUUCUUUUUUUAAUUGUUUGGAAUAAUGUUGUACAAGUAUUGUCUUGACAGGGGGUUAGGGAUGGAUUUGUAUUUUGAUUUCCAUUGUGUCUCAGAAUUGUAUUAUUAUGCUUUUUUAAUAAAGAACAGGUUCUUGUUGUA